GCGGGCGCAAGGCCAGGGGCGGAGCUUGUGUUGCCCCAGCAACCACCGGGGAACCCCCAAGGCUAGCGCGGCUGCGGCGAUAUCACGCCCUGACUCUGGCUCCGCCAGGAAGGUCCUGGGUAGGGUGCGCGCCUAGCUUCGAGGACGCCCGCGGACAAGGGGACAGCUCAGGCCCAUGGUCCACCAUCCCCGCAGCCGCCUUCGUUUCUAACCGCUAAGUACGCAGAGAGCCAUGGCUGAAGUGCACGUGAUUGGACAGAUCAUAGGGGCCACCGGUUUCUCUGAAAGUAGCCUCUUCUGCAAGUGGGGUAUCCACACAGGGGCUGCAUGGAAGCUCCUGUCGGGUGUUCGGGAGGGCCAAACACAGGUGGACACCCCCCAGGUUGGGGACAUGGCUUAUUGGUCCCACCCCAUUGACCUGCACUUCGCUACCAAAGGUCUCCAAGGCUGGCCUCGGCUCCAUCUUCAGGUGUGGUCCCAGGACAGUUUUGGCCGCUGCCAACUUGCCGGCUAUGGCUUUUGCCAUGUGCCCAGCAGCCCGGGCACUCACCAGCUGGACUGUCCCACAUGGAGGCCCCUGGGCAGCUGGCAGGAGCAGCUGGCAAGGGCCUUCGUGGGUGGUGGGCCACAGCUGCUGCACGCAGACACCAUCUACAGUGGAGCUGACCGAUAUCGCCUGCACACAGCCGCUGGUGGCACUGUGCACCUUGAUAUUGGCCUGCUGCUGCGCCACUUCGACCGCUAUGGUGUGGAGUGCUGAGGGACCAGCCUCCAGUAGCCAUCCUCCACAGUCCUGGGCCCCCUCCAGUGCAGGAUGGCACAGCUGUCACGAAUGUGUCCAGACUCGAGACUGUCAGGCCUGACUUCACUCAAGGCAUGGCCCUUCUGUCCUUGCUAGGACACAUGCCCAGGCUCUCCCUGGAGCCCCAUGCUCUGUACUGCGGGGUAGUAGGUCUGUGGGUCACCGGGGUUGCUUGUCACUUGAGGGGCACUCAAUAAAAGCGUGCAGGUCUCACGGGUAUGGUGCCUCCCUGGACC